GACGUCCUUCUUUAUGUAUCUGAAGGAAACACAUGUAACAGGACCUUAGAAGAGUUACAGAGCAGUAUAGAAACUUUUGAAGGAAAGGAUGGAUGCAACUCAAUUUGCACAGCAUCAUUCAAUUAUAUGAUCAACGACACCAGGCAGUAUGAUAUUGUUCUAAUAAAAGUAACUGUUUUCAACAACAUAACAAAUGCAUCGCUAACUUUCAAUGCCUGCAAGAAAGAAACUGGCAAUAGUGAUCGAACUUUAUCUAUAGAUUGCUAUAAAGUAGAAACUAAUGCUUACUUUUACCAACGCUGGUGCAGAAAUAGUUCGGAUUGUCUACAAAAUCAAGAGUGCUUACGGUAUGCAGAUCUGGGAGUCUGCUCAGCGACCUGUACAAACACCUUUAGUAACGUAAACAAAAGAAAAAGAGAAAACGAAUUUGAGGGAUUUGAUAUUGGAUAUGUGGUUGGCGCAGCUAUUGGUGGACUUGUAACGGGCUUUGUGAUUUGUGUUGUUAUAGUCUUCAUUUUCAAACGAAAUAGAACAAUCGGCAAGGGACAAUCCAGUGUUGCGCACCUGCUGAGACGCUGA